CUGUUCUACUGGAGGAGGAAGGGAGAACAACUACUUUUGAACCAGCACCAACCAGGAUGCUGAUGUCGCCAAUGUCGCUGGUCUCCAUCCUGGGCCUUGCCAGCCUUGUCACAGCCAAGACGAGCACCGUCCGUGAGAGCAUAGACCAACACCCUGACUUAGAUUUUCUCCGAGAUUAUAAGGUGGUCAUACCAUCUAGAAUGGUCUCAGGCAGAUUCAUCAGGGACCUUUCAACGAAGCAAUAUACAAGGACGUUGGAACACCAUAACAACCCUUCCUUCUCCAUAUUUUACAAUGGAAGACAAUUCACCCUUGAUUUACAACUUCACCGGACCCUUAUAUCCGGGGACUACACAGAGAUUUACACGGACGACGACGGGAAAGACCAACGCGAACAGAUUCGCCCAGAGGCUUGUCACUACCAUGGCACGAUCCGUGGCUCACCCGACUCGGCUGUGGUGAUGUCGACAUGUGAUGGUCUCCGGGGCUACUUUGCCGACGGACCGGACUUGUUUCACAUCCAGCCUCACCCUGAACCCGAGGCAGUUGCAAAGACGGGCUACCCUGCUCAUGUCGUCUAUAAGGACCAGGACAUCAAGAGGAGUGGACCAAGGAGAUGUGGUCACAAUUCCACCAUCAUCAACAACCCUCACUCGAUCAUGGAGGAUUUCACGGAUUUCAAAAUAAAAGCAAACAGGCGAUGGAAGCGUGCAACAGGAACCAUUCCCGAAUACAACAAAGACAAACCAACAAAAUACGUGGAGCUCUUUCUCGUUUUCGACUACAAUGCCUGGCUGGCAUUCCCCAACAGAUACACGAUCCGCUCUAGGGCUAUUUCAAUGGUAAACACAGUAGACUCGAUCUACAAGCCAAUGAACGUGAGAGUUAUCCUGACUGGCGUGCAGAUCUGGAACACUGGGAAUCCCGUCACUGUCAGCACGGCAGCCGAACCAACGCUUGAUAACUUCUGUACUUGGCGGAAGGAUAACCUCAUUGGAAAAGUGCCCAACGACAUAGCUCAUUUAAUUGUUGGGCUUGACUUCGAUGGACAAACUGUCGGACUGGGAAACGUGGGUACAACCUGUAAGGACUCGGCGUGCGGGGUUAACCAAGACGCCGGCAGUACGAGCCCAGCCGAGGUGGGGUUCGUGUUGGCCCAUGAGAUGGGGCAUAAUCUGGGCAUGCUCCAUGACGACGGACGAUCAUGCGGAACUUGUGCCUGGGGCGGGGGCUGCGUCAUGUCCAGUUAUCAAGCAUCGGAUCCCCGUGCCUGGACGCAAUGUAGCAUCGACGAUAUGAACGAACAUCCUCAUGUCUGCCUGGCUAAUUACCCGACUACCUUCUACGCGGACGCCACCUGUGGGAAUGGUUACGUCGAGACAGGGGAGGAAUGUGAUUGUGGGUCAGAGGCAGACUGUCCAACUGUUGACCCAUGUUGCCAGACAACCGGAUGCAAACUCAAGUCAAGCUCGGAGUGUGGUUCGGGAGAAUGCUGUGACAACUGUAGGUUCAAGACCAGGGGAACCGUGUGCAGGAAUGCAGCCAAUGAGUGUGACAUCAAGGAUAUGUGUACGGGAAGCUCAAACGUGUGCCCCGAAGACAACUACCGCCCAGACGGAACGGACUGUAACAGCAACCAGGCGUACUGUCUGACGGGUGACUGCAUCACUGGCGACGAGCAGUGCAAGUAUUGGUUCGGUCCACUGGCGACAGACGGUGAUCCAGGAUGCUACAGCCUGGUCAAUGCUUUUACUGAUGCGUACGGUCACUGUGGGGAGAUCAGCACUGGAGUGUUCAAGGAAUGCAAGCCCAAAGAUUACAAUUGUGGCAAAUUGCAGUGUAGCCACCCUUCUCCUGAUCCGGUCAUUCCCAUCAUUGGAACCAAAAAGACUGGUACAGCGGUCACAUUCGGCUCACUCAACUGCAAGGCCGCCACAGCUGAGUUCGGGGACGACGUCCGCAACGCUGGUCUUGUCCUCGACGGAACUAAGUGCGGAGCUGGUAAAAUGUGCUACAGCGCUGAAUGUCAGACUCUGACGUCACUGGCCUUCAACACGACCUGUCCCAGCGUAGGUGGGAGUGUGUGUGCUGGAAAUGGGGAAUGCGGUCAGAACGGCCAGUGUGUCUGUUCCGGCACCUACGACCCUGCGACCAACUGCGCGACGAGAAUUUCUACACCGACAUCCGGAGGAGGCGGUCCUGUCACAAACUCUCCGACCACGUCUAAAUCAGGCGCCGCCGGUUCCACUUUUACUCCGACGACAUCUGGAUCCGGCGGCGGUUCUUCUGCAAGUACCACAUCGAACUCCAACUCGGGCACAGCAGCGCCAACGCCCCCAAAAGAGAACGUUGUGGACGCGGCGACGGCUGCCGGUGGAUCAGUCGCGGUACUCGUCACCGUUGGCGUGUUAGCUAUAGCCUGUCACAAAGUCAACUAGUCAACAGUCUUAUUUCAAGCUGUCCUGCAUUAUUUGGUAAAAAGAUGCUUCAACCUUACGGGCGAGUUGCAAAUCUGAUAAUGAGGGAAUUGUACCGGGGAGGGUUGGUGAGAGUCAGCAGUAGCUUGCCGGUUAUCUACUGCUGUGAGAGCCUAUCAGUCUGUGAUAUAUCUGUUGUAAUGACUUUGUUUUAGUUAUUUAUCCUUGGUGUUUUGGUUUUAUAAUAGUGCGACCACAGGCUUGAAUGAAGUCAUGUUUUGUGACACUUCCUGCACCACCGUGUAAAACUGAGUUGUCAUUUCUGAGUAAGAACGGCUCCCACCCGAUUGGACAGUGCAGGUUUUCGCUGUCCUUAAUUUCACCAUCCUGAGCUUCAGGGCCUUGCGCUUACCGAGCUUGAGCAUACAACUGACGCUGCUGCAAUCGCACUGUUCCUGUGUACAUGUGCAGCAUGUACAGCAAUACACUCACAUCACUGUAAUAAUGUAAAUAAAUAAAUCUCAGUAA